AUGGAGACCAAAGGUUACCACAACCUCGUUGAAGGUCCAGAUAUGGAAAGACGGUGGAGUGAAGUUUCUCAGGCUGCGGAGCCUUCUUUGGGACCUCCAGAGAGGACGGAUGAGAAGAGCUACAUGCAGGUGGUGGACGUCAACUGUGUUUCCGGUGCUAUUCCAAAUGACAGUACUCAAGGAAGCAGCAGAGAAAAGCAUGAGCUCCUCCCUUGCCUUCAGCAAGACAGCAGUCGCUGUGGGAUCUUAACAUCCGAUAUCAAAACCGAGCUGGACUCUAAGGAACUGUCAGCCACCGUGGCUGAGUCCAUGGGUUUGUACAUGGAUUCCGUAAGAGAGCCCGACUACAGCUAUGAUCAGCAGAACGCCCCAGGCAGCCUGAGCCCAGCCAAGAUUUACCAAAAUAUGGAACAGCUGGUGAAAUUCUACAAAGAGAACGGGCAUCGUCCUUCUACGCUCGGCAGUGGGAGCAGGCCCCUGAGGUCGUUUCUGUCUGACUCUGGGAGCUCCACGAAUGUUGGUGGGGGUGGGGUCAUGCGAGCCAUGGUGAAGAGCCCCAUCCUGUGUCAUGAGAGGAGCCCCUCUGUCUGCAGCCCUCUGAACAUGGCCACCUCGGCUUGUAGCCCCGCUGGAAUCAGCUCCGUGUCCUCCACCUCGGCCAGCUUUGGCAGUUUCCCAGUGCACAGCCCCAUCACCCAAGGAACCCCUCUGAUGUGUUCCCCCAACGUGGAAACCCGAGGCUCCCGGUCGCACAGCCCCGCGCACGCUAGCAACGUGGGCUCCCCUCUGUCCAGUCCGUUGAGUAGCAUGAAAUCCCCUGUGUGCAGCUCCCCAAGUCAUUGCAGUGUGAAGUCUCCAGUCUCCAGUCCCCACAACGUCACGCUGCGCUCCUCCGUGUCCAGCCCUGCAAAUCUCCACAACUCAAGGUGCUCCGUGUCCAGCCCUUCCAACACAAACAACAGAUCCACGCUCUCCAGCCCCACGGCCAGCACCGUGGGGUCCAUCUGCAGCCCCAUGAGCAAUGCCUUCGGCUAUGCCGCUUCUGGCACCUGUGCUGGGGCCAGUGCCACCCGGGAUGUGGCUUCCAGUCCGGACACACACGAGAAAGGUGCUCACGAGGUCCCUUUUCCCAAGACCGAGGAAGUCGAGAAUGCCAUCUCAAACGGUGUGGCUGGCCAGCUCAGCCUCGUCCAGUACAUCAAACCAGAACCAGAUGGAGCUUUCAGGAGCUCCUGUCUAGGAGGAAAUAACAAAAUCACUUCGGAAUCACCAUUUUCAGUACCAAUCAAGCAAGAAUCAACCAAGCAUUCAUGUUCAGGUGACUCUUUUAAAGGGAAUCCGACGGUCAACCCAUUUCCAUUCAUGGAUGGCUCAUAUUUUUCCUUUAUGGAUGAUAAAGACUAUUAUUCUCUGUCAGGAAUUUUAGGACCACCUGUGCCUGGCUUUGAUGCUAGCUGUGAAGGUGGCGGAUUCCCAGUGGGGAUUAAGCAAGAGCCGGAUGAUGGGAGCUAUUAUCCUGAAGCCAGCAUCCCUCCCGCCUCUGCCAUUGUUGGUGUGAAUUCAGGUGGACAGUCUUUUCACUACAGGAUUGGUGCUCAAGGUACAAUAUCUUUAUCACGCUCACCUAGAGACCAAUCUUUCCAACACCUGAGUUCCUUUCCUCCUGUCAAUACUUUAGUGGAGUCAUGGAAAUCACACAGUGACCUGUCGUCUAGAAGAAGUGAUGGAUAUCCAGUACUAGAAUACAUUCCAGAAAAUGUAUCAAGCUCUACUUUACGAAGUGUUUCUACCGGAUCCUCGAGACCUUCCAAAAUCUGUCUGGUGUGUGGGGACGAGGCAUCGGGAUGCCACUACGGGGUGGUCACCUGCGGCAGCUGCAAGGUCUUCUUCAAGAGGGCCGUGGAAGGUAAAUGUUCAUGGCAACACAACUAUUUAUGUGCCGGGAGAAAUGAUUGUAUCAUUGAUAAGAUUCGAAGAAAGAACUGUCCUGCCUGCAGACUUCAGAAAUGUCUUCAAGCUGGCAUGAACUUAGGAGCCCGAAAGUCAAAGAAGUUGGGGAAGUUAAAAGGGAUUCACGAGGAGCAGUCACAGCAGCCUCCACCGCCACCACAGAGCCCUGAGGAGGGGACCACGUACAUCGCCCCGGCCAAGGAGCCCUCGGUGAACACCGCGCUGGUCCCACAGCUCUCCUCCAUCUCCCGGGCACUCACCCCGUCCCCAGUCAUGAUCCUGGAGAGCAUCGAGCCAGAAGUCGUGUAUGCAGGCUACGAUGGCUCCAAGCCCGACACCGCCGAGAACUUGCUCUCCACGCUCAACCGCCUGGCUGGCAAACAGAUGAUUCAGGUGGUGAAAUGGGCGAAGGUACUUCCAGGAUUUAAAAACUUGCCUCUUGAGGACCAAAUUACCCUAAUCCAGUAUUCUUGGAUGUGUCUAUCAUCAUUUGCUUUGAGCUGGAGAUCCUACAAACAUACCAACAGCCAAUAUCUCUAUUUUGCACCAGACCUCGUCUUUAAUGAGGAGAAGAUGCACCAGUCUGCCAUGUAUGAGCUGUGCCAGGGGAUGCACCAGAUCAGCCUUCAGUUCGUGCGGCUGCAGCUCACCUUCGAAGAGUACACCGUCAUGAAGGUUCUGCUGCUGCUGAGCACAGUUCCUAAAGAUGGCCUCAAAUGCCAGGCUGCAUUUGAAGAAAUGAGGACAAAUUACAUCAAAGAACUGCGGAAGAUGGUGACCAAGUGUCCCAACAACUCUGGGCAGAGCUGGCAGAGGUUCUACCAACUGACCAAGCUUCUGGACUCCAUGCACGACCUGGUGAGUGACCUGCUGGAGUUCUGCUUCUACACCUUCCGAGAGUCGCAGGCGCUGAGGGUGGAGUUCCCGGCCAUGCUGGUGGAGAUCAUCAGCGACCAGCUGCCCAAGGUGGAGUCCGGGAAUGCCAGGGCACUCUACUUCCACCGGAAGUGAGGAAGACGUCUGACCAGAAGAGCUUUGCCUUAAGUCUCCCCGUGUUGUUCCAUACCCAUGAAGGACCCAAGAAAUCAUUUUCGUGUGUGUGCCGGUACUGGGACUUGAACUCGGGGCCUGUG